ACAUUCAGCACCUACUGGUGAUUAAAGAAGAGGAUCCCCUUGAGGAGAGCACCAGUCUGGACCAGGAAGACCCAGAGCCCCCACAUAUUAAAGAGGAAAGGGAGGGACUCUGGACCAGUCAGGAGGCAAAGCAGCUGCAAGGACUGGAGGAGGCUGAUGAUACCAAGUUUCCACCCGUUAGUGUCCAUUUGAAGACUGAAGAGGAUGAGGACACCAGUCUGGACCAGGAGGCCCGAGAUCUCCACCACAUGAAAGAGGAAAAGGAGGAACUUUGGACCAGUCAGGAGGCAGAACAGCUGCAAGGACUGAGGGAAGCUGAUGACACCAAGUUCCCACCCAUUAGUGUCUGUUUGAAGACUGAAGAGGAUGAGGAGGGCACCAGUCUGGACCGAGAGGACUGCGAUCUCCACCACAUGAAAAAGGAAGAGGAGGAACUCUGGACCAGUCAGGAGGCAGAGCAGCUGCAAGGACUGGAGGAGGCUGAUGACACCAAGUUCCUGUCCACUGGUGUCCAUGUGAAAACCGAAGAGGAUGAGGAGAGACCUCAGUCUUCACAGUCUCUUCAGUAUCAGACUAAGGAGGAGCCUGGAGCCGAGAGCUCAGCUGGACAGACUUCUUUCAGCUGCUCUGAGUGUGGGAAAGGGUAUAACUGCAAGGAACACAUGAGCAUCCACACAGGAGAGGAACGUUUUGGUUGUGAUGAUUGUGGGAAAAAAUGUACCACCCGGGCAGGUCUUAAAAAGCACAUAAGAGUCCACACAGGAGAAAAACCUUUUGGGUGUGAUUGUGGGAAAAGAUUUAGCCAACUGUGGCAUCUUAAAAGACACAUGAGAGUCCACACAGGAGAGAAACCUUUUAAUUGUGGUGUGUGUGGGAAAAGAUUUACCACACAGAGUGAUCGUAGAAAGCACAUGAGAAUCCACACAGGAGAGAGACCUUAUAUUUGUGGUGAGUGCGGGAAAAGAUUUGCCCAACAGGGGAAUCUUAAAAGUCACAUGAGAGUCCACACAGGAGAAAAACCUGUUAUUUGUGGUGAGUGUGGGAAAAGAUUUUCCAAAGGGCAUCUUAAAAAUCACAUGAGAGUCCACACAGGAGAGAGAGCUUUUAUUUGUGGUGAGUGUGGAAAAAGAUUUGUCCAAAAGGAGAAUCUUAAAAAUCACAUGAGAGUCCACACAGGAGAGACACCUUUUGGUUGUGAUGCUUGUGGGAAAAGAUUUACCACUCUGGCAGGUCUUAAAAAUCACAUGAGAGUCCACACAGGCGAGAAACGUUUUAGUUGUUGUGAGUGCAAGAAAAAAUGUACCACCCAGGCAGCUUUUAAAAGUCACCUAAAAGUCCACACAGGAGAAAAACCUUUUUGCUGUGACGAUUGUGGGAAAAGAUUUGCCACACAGGGGAAUCUUAAAAGUCACAUAAAAGUUCACACAGGAGAAAAACCGUUUGGUUGUGAUGCUUGUGGGAAGAGAUUUAUUAUUCAAGGGAAACUUAGAAUCCACAUGAGAGUCCACACAGGAGAGAAACCUUUUGUAUGUGAUGCUUGUGGGAAAGGAUUUAUCUCAAAGUGGACUCUUAAAUUGCACAAGAGAGUCCACACAGGUGAAAAACCUUUUGUUUGUGGUUAUUGUGAGAAAAAAUUUGCUGCAAAGGGUAAACUGAAGCUGCACAUGAGAGUCCACACAGGUGAAAAGCCUUUUGUUUGUGGUUAUUGUGUUAAAAGAUUUAUCACACAGUGGAGGCUUACGGUGCACAUGAGAGUCCACACAGGAGAGAAACCUUAUGGCUGUGGUGAUUGUGGGAAAAGGUUUACCCAAAGGGGGAAUCUUAAAGAUCACAUGAAAGUCCACACAGGAGAAAAACCAUUUGGUUGUGAUGACUGUGGGAAAAAAUUUACCCAAAGGUGGAAUCUUAAAAAGCACAUGAGAACCCACACCGAAGAGAAACAUUUUAGUUCUGGUCAACUAAAGCUGAAGCAAUAUCUAGAGCAGGUUAUGUAGCCUUGUCACCUUCCCCAUUAUGAUAUUAAUAAAGUCCUACCUACCUACCUUAAAGGAUGUGUCAGGUGAUCUGAAAAUUAUAAAUGAAAGUAGCAAGUUACUGUGAGAUCAGAAAAUCAACCUGACAGAGGUGCAAAUUAUAUCAAGUCUCUUAAGGAAAACAAGUCACUCUGAUGGUUUAAUAAAUGAAUUUUAUAAGACCUUUAGUAAUCACUUAGCCCCAUUGUUGGUUGCUAUAUUUGAUGAAACCAUAAAAAAGAUGAUCUGCUUACACUCUGUCAAGUUCUUAUUAAAUUGAUCCCUAAGCUGAGAAAGGCUACACUGAGUAUUGAGAAUUGGACACCAAUCAGCCUAUUAAAUACUGAUGCAAAAAUAUUUGCACUGACAUUCACCAAGAGGUUAAAACUGUAUUAUAUAAGAUUAUUGAUGAUGAACAGUCUGGUUUUAUGUCCAUCAGAAAUAUAUGCAAUAAUAUCAGACUUGUCAUAGAUGUGAUUGAUUAUAAGAAUGUUAUAAAGGACAACAGGUUUGUUGUGUUUGAUUUCUGUAAAGCAUUUGAUAUGAUUGGUCACCAGUUCAUGUUCAAAGCUAUAGAGGUUUUUGGAUUUGGGGAGCAAUUUUUAAAAACACUAAAGACUUUAUAUAAUGGCUGCAAUAGUUCUGUGAAACUAGGUAGUGGCACUACAUCUAGAUUUGUAAUUGGUUGUGGAAUAAGACCAGGUUGUCCCUCUAGUCCCUUUCUGGUUGUCCUUGUUACGCAAGCUGUGGCAUCUCAUAUUAAAAGAAGUCAAUUCCAAGGUAGAGAAGCCCUCAGCAGAUAAAUCAACUUAUGCUAGGUGGCAUAAAAUACAACAGUUUUUAUUUGAAACAGAUUUGAGGUUAAUAAAGUAAUAGACUAUACUUAUGAAUUUUCUGUGGCAUCAGGUUUAAAAAUGAAUGUAAACAAGUCCGUACUACUACUCCUGAAGGAAUGCAACUUAACAGAUGUGAACGGUGUCCCAGUUAAAAACAGUUCCAUAUGUAGGUGUUAUUAUUGACAAGAAUCAAAGAAAUCACAGUUCCUCUAAUUUUAAUUUGUUUAUUUAUGAAAUAAAUAACUUUAAUGUGUGGCUACUGAGAGACCUGUCUAUGAAUGGAAGGGUUUCAUUGUCUAAAGCUGAAGGAAUAUCUAGAACAGUUUAUGUAGCCCUGUCACUAGAGAUGCCCCCUAAAAUAUUAAUCAGAUAAAUCUUUAUAUAGAGGAACAAAUGUCAUUACUUAAAGAAAGACAUUUUAAAUAACACCAAAAAGAGUGGUGGUCUUGAUGUUCUGAGCUUUGAAAGACUAAUAUACAUUCAAAAUAAACCGGUUAAGAUAAAAGAUGAAGAUAACAUGUGGAAUACCUUCACUAAAUAUUUCUUUAAUUUCAGGAGAGGAGUGUCUUCUUAAAAGUGCUUAUAAGAUCGAUACGGUUCCUGUGAAACUCCAAUUUUCACAAAGAAGCACUACUUUAUUGGAAACUAGCUUCUAACCGGAAUUUUUCCCCACAUAAAACUUAUAUAUGGAAUAAUCACAAGUUUCUGUUUAGGAAUAAAUCUUUGUUUGAGAGGAAAUGGUUUGAUAAUGGUAUUAUACUGGUGGCACAACACUUUGACGCAACAGGUCAU